CGAUGCCUCCCGGUGUUGUAGCCCCGUCUCCACGGAGCUCUCCGGCCCGGUGCUUCUACGCCUUGACACCGUACUUCAUAGAGGACUCCGUCAUCUCCCAGAGCAAGAUUGAUCAGCUGUAAGUUUCCCGUUAAGGGGUCCAGUUGAGCACCUGCUCCCAUCUCUAGCUCCACAUUUUACAUUUACAUUUUAGUAAUUUAGCAGACGCUCUUAUCCAGAGCGACUUACAGUGAGUGCAUACAUUUUUCAUACUCCACCAUCUACCCCAACCGAUUUGCAGUGAGGCAGACAACUAAUGCUACGUUUACAUUUAGCUACAGAUUGUUACACCAGAUAAUGUGAUUUAACCAAAGAUUUUCGGUGUCCAUUACUUACUGGGAGUUACAGGAUAGGUACUGUGGUGUAGCACAGAAUUUUCGACCAACCUUAACUUGGCGAUAACAUCUUCAUAUAUUCUAAAAUGUCGUCGAGUCCAGUUGCAGGUGGUGCGUUUGAAUUUAGCAUUUGCUCCAUAAAGUUGUGUUGUUGUUGCUCCAAGUAACCCACCUUACUUACUUUGCCAUCUUUUCAAUUUCAAAUCUUCUCUCAUUGAUUGAGACCGGUGGGUCCACCCCAAAGUGCUGCAUGUCAUGACACUCACCUGUCUCCAUCAAUGAGAAAAUAUUUGAAAUAUAAUAUUAUUUUGUGAUUUUUUUAAAUAAUGGAGCAUUUUUCUAAAUUCAAACACACCACCUGGAACUGAAGACAGUCAUUUUCAAAGAUGCAUGUUUGGCCGAAUCGAGAACGAAGAUGGUAUCCUUAAGGUUGGUCGAAAAUUCUCUGCGCUACACCAAACAGUACCUAUCCUGUAACUCCCAGUAAUGGAUACCAAAAAUCUUUGGUUAAAUCACAUUGGUCGCCUUCCCUGCUCAGACCUUGCUUGCAUCAACCAAUGGUUGCGUGCUACCCCAUCGACUGUUUCAUCGACCAUAGAGAAUGAUAGAGGCUUCUAGUGUCUAAAAGGCUGUUUUAUCAUGGGCAGCCUCAUUGAGGCUUCCGCCAUUUUAAAGUAGUCAAAGCAGUCAACUGGGUGGGGAUUCCUAUGGGUUGUAACCUCAAUGGCACUGCCCAUGUUGUCACAGACACUAUAAUGGCACAGAUAUAAAGAGCCCUCUAUCUAUCUCUAUGGUCAUCGACUGACAGAUUGCUCUAACAUGUGGUUAGCUGAUAGUUAAAUACCUAUCCAGGCGUUGUCAAAUCUGACAGGCGUCAGCAAUGCCUGGGCAGAGGAACACGGCCAUUAUCUGGUGUAACAAACUGUAGCUAAGUUUACGCAGGCAACCCAAUUCUGAUAUUUUUUCCGCUAUUUGGACUUUUGACCAAUCACAUCAGGGUCACUUUCCCCUGCUCAGACAUUGCAUGCAUCAACCAAUGGUUGCGCGCCACGCCAUCAACUGUGUAAUCAACUGACGGAUUGCAAUAACGUGGUUAGUUGAUCGGUAAAAUAUCUAUCCAGGCUUGUAAAAUCGAGCAUGUUGUCAGUGUUGUUGGGUUUUAAUCUUCUCUAGCAGCCUAAUUGUAACAUUGUAGCUAAUCUUCUCUAGCAGUCUAAUUGUAACAUUGUAGCUAAUCUUCUCUAGCAGUCUAAUUGUAACAUUGUAGCUAAUCUUCUCUAGCAGCCUAAUUGUAACAUUGUAGCGAAUCUUCUCUAGCAGCCUAAUUGUAACAUUGUAGCUAAUCUUCUCUAGCAGUCUAAUUGUAACAUUGUAGCUAAUCUUCUCUAGCAGCCUAAUUGUAAAAUUGUAGCUAAUCUUCUCUAGCAGCCUAAUUGUAGCUAAUCUUCUCUAGCAGUCUAAUUGUACAUAAUCUUCUCUAGCAGUCUAAUUGUAACAUUGUAGCUAAUCUUCUCUAGCAGCCUAAUUGUAACAUUGUAGCUAAUCUUCUCUAGCAGCCUAAUUGUAGCUAAUCUUCUCUAGCAGUCUAAUUGUACAUAAUCUUCUCUAGCAGUCUAAUUGUAACAUUGUAGCUAAUCUUCUCUAGCAGUCUAAUUGUAACAUUGUAGCUAAUCUUCUCUAGCAGCCUAAUUGUAACAUUGUAGCUAAUCUUCUCUAGCAGCCUAAUUGUAACAUUGUAGCUAAUCUUCUCUAGCAGUCUAAUUGUACAUAAUCUUCUCUAGCAGUCUAAUUGUACAUAAUCUUCUCUAGCAGUCUAAUUGUACAUACUCUUCUCUAGCAGGCUAAUUGUACAUACUCUUCUCUAGUAGCCUAAUUGUAGCUAAUCUUCUCUAGCAGCCUAAUUGUAACAUUGUAGCUACUCUUCUCUAGCAGGCUAAUUGUAGCUACUCUUCUCUAGCAGGCUAAUUGUAGCUACUCUUCUCUAGCAGGCUAAUUGUAGCUACUCUUCUCUAGCAGGCUAAUUGUAGCUACUCUUCUCUAGCAGGCUAAUUGUAGCUACUCUUCUCUAGCAGGCUAAUUGUAGCUACUCUUCUCUAGCAGGCUAAUUGUAGCUACUCUUCUCUAGCAGCCUAAUUGUACCUAAUCUUCUCUAGCAGCCUAAUUGUAGCUAAUCUUCUCUAGCAGCCUAAUUGUAACAUUGUAGCUAAUCUUCUCUAGCAGCCUAAUUGUAACAUUGUAGCUAAUCUUCUCUAGCAGCCUAAUUGUACCUAAUCUUCUCUAGCAGCCUAAUUGUAGCUAAUCUUCUCUAGCAGCCUAAUUGUAGCUAAUCUUCUCUAUUAGCCUAAUUGUAGCUAAUCUUCUCUAGCAGCCUAAUUGUAGCUAAUCUUCUCUAGCAGCCUAAUUGUAGCUAAUCUUCUCUAGCAGCCUAAUUGUAGCUACUCUUCUCUAGCAGCCUAAUUGUAACAUUGUAGCUAAUCUUCUCUAGCAGCCUAAUUGUAACAUUGUAGCUAAUCUUCUCUAGCAGCCUAAUUGUAACAUUGUAGCUAAUCUUCUCUAGCAGCCUAAUUGUACCUAAUCUUCUCUAGCAGCCUAAUUGUAGCUAAUCUUCUCUAGCAGCCUAAUUGUAGCUAAUCUUCUCUAUUAGCCUAAUUGUAGCUAAUCUUCUCUAGCAGCCUAAUUGUAGCUAAUCUUCUCUAUUAGCCUAAUUGUAGCUAAUCUUCUCUAGCAGCCUAAUUGUACCUAAUCUUCUCUAGCAGGCUAAUUGUAGCUACUCUUCUCUAGCAGGCUAAUUGUAGCUACUCUUCUCUAGCAGCCUAAUUGUACCUAAUCUUCUCUAGCAGGCUAAUUGUAGCUAAUCUUCUCUAGCAGUGUAAUUGUAACAUUGUAGCUACUCUUCUCUAGUAGCCUAAUUGUAACAUUGUAGCGAUCAUCCCCAUUACAUUAUUUUUUCAGAGAAGGAUGGGCCUCCCCCGUUUGUCUGGGUCCUCUCAAGGUUUCUUCCUUCUACAGUUCCUUCCAGCCACAGCUUGUGUUUGCUCUUUGGGAUCUAGGCCAGGUUACUGUCGGACAACUGUUGAGGACCUUGUUAAAUAAAACGAAUUGAUUGAUCACAUAUUAAUUUGAGUGUUGUGAGUGUGCGGCUGUGUGUUUUACGUAUCAGGAAGGAUGUGUUUGUGAGCAUUGGCAGGCUUCAGGGGGUUUUGUCUUAAUGCUACUUCUUCUUCUCCUCUGUGUGAAAUAACUAACCCACUCACCUGGCUGCUGCUCCCAGAACUGUGACUCAUCCGCCUGUUGGUCAUAAUAACUCCUCUAUGGGGCAACUCUAAGCUGCCACAGUACCAGAGGGAGAUGGUGUGCCUAAAACAUGUAGAACAUGUAUAACAUGUGUAAUGCAGGGUGUGGUAGCUCUUCACUAAGAGAGAAAGUGUCUGUUAGAGGGCAUGAUGUGGGUGUUUCCCCUUUGUACUGUGUGUGAUUGUAUGAGUUUGCUGAGAAUUUAAUCAAAUCAUUAUUCAGUCAGCUGUUAUGUGUGCGCGUGUGUCACUGUAAACGUUGUUGAUCAAUUCAUCCUGUAGCUGUCUGAAACGGUGGCUGUCUGAAACAGUAUCUGACUAGCUGUGUGCACUAUAGUACAGUAGUGUUUAGGUGGGUCGGUUUCAGUGCUGUGUCUGUCAGCCAGACUGUCCACUCAGCACUUUACUCUCUCUCGGUCUCAGUCUCUCUCUCUCUCUCUCUCGGUCUCUGUCUCUGUCGGUCUCUCUCUCUCGGUCUCUGUCGGUCUCUCUCUCUCGGUCUCUCUCGGUCUCUGUCUCUCUCUCGGUCUCUGUCUCUCUCUCUCGGUCUCUGUCUCUCUCUCGGUCUUUGUCUCUCUCUCGGUCUUUGUCUCUCUCUCGGUCUUUGUCUCUCUCUCGGUCUUUGUCUCUCUCUCGGUCUGUGUCUCUCUCUCGGUCUCUGUCUCUCUCUCGGUCUCUGUGUCUCUGUCUCUCUCUCGGUCUCUGUGUCUCUCUCUCUCUCUCUCGGUCUCUGUGUGUCUCUGUGUGUCUCUCUCAGUCUCUGUGUGUGUCUCGGUCUCUGUGUCUCUCUCGGUCUCUGUGUCUCUCUCUCUCUCUCUCUCUCUCUCUCUCUCUCGGUCUCUGUGUGUCUCUCUCUCUCGGUCUCUGUGUCUCUCUCUCUCUCUCUCUCUGUCUCUGUGUGUCUCUCUCGGUCUGUGUGUGUGUGUCUCUCUCUCUCUCUCUCUCUCUCUCGGUCUCUGUGUGUCUCUCUCUCUCUCUCUCUCUCUCGGUCUCUGUCUCUCUCUCAGUCUCUCUCUCGGUCUCUGUCUCGGUCUCUGUGUCUCUGUCUCUCUCUCGGUCUCUGUCGGUCUCUGUCUCUCUCUCGGUCUCUGUCUCUCUCUCGGUCUCUGUCUCUCUCUCGGUCUCGGUCUCUGUGUCUCUGUCUCUCUCUCUGUCUCUGUGUGUCUCUCUCGGUCUCUGUCUCUCUCUCGGUCUCUGUCUCUCUCUCGGUCUCUGUCUCUCUCUCGGUCUCUGUCUCUCUCUCGGUCUCGGUCUCUGUGUCUCUGUCUCUCUCUUGGUCUCUGUCUCUCUCUCUCUCUCUCUCGGUCUCUGUCUCUCUCUGUGUCUCUCUCUCGGUCUCUGUGUCUCUCUCUCGGUCUCUGUGUCUCUCUAUGUCUCUGUCUCUCUCUCGGUCUCUGUGUCUCUCUCUCGGUCUCUGUGUCUCUCUAUGUCUCUGUCUCUCUCUCGGUCUCUGUGUCUCUGUCUCUCUCUCGGUCUCUGUGUCUCUCUCGGUCUCUGUGUCUCUCUCUCUCUCUCUCUCUCUCGGUCUUUGUCUCUCUAUCUCGGUCUCGAUCUCUCUGUCUCGGGUGGGAUGGUUUUGGCCUGUUGACAACACCAGAUGGUAAGUUCCAAACCUCUCUGCAAAUAACAGCUAUUUUUCAGUUUUCCACUCCCUACUCAGACCACUCUGACAAGGUAUUUGUGUUUAUUUUUGACCAUUUUAAUUGAAAACAUCACAGUAAGGUACUUAAUUGUUAGCCAUAAAUUAUUUGAUAUUGAGAUUAAAACGGAUGCAUUUGAUCUUUAAAUCUUAUAUUGCAGUGCAUUUACAUAAAAAAACAAAAACAUUUUGGGCGAAUAGUAUUGAGUUAAAAUGUAUAAUUGGUGGAGUACUGUGGAUACCAAUAUCCCUGAGAGCCUCCCAGGCCCAUGCUGCCCAGGGUUAAGAACAUACAUUGGAGAUUAAUAAUAUUACAUUGUAUUACACACGUUAAACAUAUUCCACGGAUCCGUUGGCCAAAAGUUGUUUCAUCUGUUAGUAAUAUUCAUAAAAAUGAAAUGUAAUAUAUUCUUAGAGAACCCCUGCUGUAAUAAAAUGUUAAAACGCUUUCAUGUGUUUCCUGAUGUGCAGCUACAUGUCCUUAUGGGUUAGUAAACCAUAGAAAUAUAAUAACUAUCUUCUAUGUGUUUGCGCCUAAAGUUCUAUAAAGGCCAAAGCCAUAAGCUAGUGACUGCAGUAGAGAGAGAGAGAGAGAGAGAGAGAGAGAGAGAGAGAGAGAGAGAGUGGCUGAAUGAAGCGUCAUAGAGGAGGAGGGUCAAGUUCAAAGGUGGCCGUGCUGCGGUCUCACACAUACUGUUUUCUUGACCUCCUGUGUCUUUAAGCUCCUCUCACGCUCACUGUCACUCUCUCUCUCACACACACACACACACACACGCACGAGCACGUCCAGUACAGUUAAGUCUCCACAGAAUUGGAAGCAGCUGUGUGUUUGUUUGGAAGCACAUUUCCGCGUGCGUCAUCUGUCUCUUGUGUGUGUCCAUGUUAUGGAGGAUGGUGUGUUGUCACGAUAAAGGAAAACAUUUGUAUUGCCCAGGUUAAAACUCCAUAGAUUCAGAGUAUGAAAAAAAUGUAUUUUCUCUACAGAAACGGUGUGUUGUGUAACGUGUGGUAGAGAACAUGGCAGAGGUAUUUAGUGUUUUGGUCUGAAAGCUCAGAUUUCACUGCCCCUUGCACUGCUGCAGACCCAUACUGUAGCUAAGGGUUUCCCACACAGCUGAUUUCAAAUAAUCAACUCAUCAUCAAGCUUUGAUUAUUUGAAUCAGCUGUGUAGUGCAAGGGCAAAAAAUAAACCGCGAACCCAGGGGGGACCCCAGGACCGAGUUUGGGAAACACUGCUGUAGCUUCAGUUCUGUAUUCUACUGCAGACCAGUACUGUACCUUCAGUUCUGUAUUCUACUGCAGACCAGUACUGUACCUUCAGUACUGUAUUCUACUGCAGACCAGUACUGUACCUUCAGUACUGUAUUCUACUGCAGACCAGUACUGUACCUUCAGUACUGUAUUCUACUGCAGACCAGUACUGUACCUUCAGUUCUGUAUUCUACUGCAGACCAGUACUGUACCUUCAGUUCUGUAUUCUACUGCAGACCAGUACUGUACCUUCAGUACUGUAUUCUACUGCAGACCAUUACUGUACCUUCAGUUCUGUAUUCUACUGCAGACCAGUACUGUACCUUCAGUUCUGUAUUCUACUGUAGACCAGUACUGUACCUUCAGUUCUGUAUUCUACUGCAGACCAGUACUGUACCUUCAGUUCUGUAUUCUACUGCAGACCAGUACUGUACCUUCAGUUCUGUAUUCUACUGCAGACCAGUACUGUACCUUCAGUACUGUAUUCUACUGCAGACCAGUACUGUACCUUCAGUACUGUAUUCUACUGCAGACCAGUACAUUAAUGCCUUUUAGAACUGAGUGAGGCCAGUUUCAGCCUGCAGGAUAAAACUGCUGUUCUCAGCAGAGAACAUGAAAGCCCACCACAAGUAGACAGAGUUGGGAGUACACUAGAUUACUUUACAGAGUGCUUGUCCCAAAUGGAACCCUAUUCCCCAUAUAGUGCACUACUUUUGUCCAAAGCCCUAUGAGCCCUGGUCAAAAGUAACAUUGGGACGCAGCCAGUGAGUAGGCCUAGUCCUCUGUACUGUUAAGUCAUAUUUCUGAUUUUAAGAUAAAGAAAUAAAACAUUUGUCGUUACUGUAGGUAUUCAGUGAUGGGCCUGACAUCCCCAUCACAUCGCUCCGGCCAAACACCACGCCCACUAGCGUUUCUUCCCACGCUUGCACACACACACACACACACGUUCGUUUUAAGAGAACAUCUUCUCACAUUAUGGCACUCCGGAACAGAUCCAUCUAAUAGGUCACACUUUGUCAUCACACAACAACCCAUAUGUAGUGGUGUGCUGGAACCUGGAAAAGAGUCGGGGGCACGGGAUGUUCUGUUUUUGUUCCCCUCUGACUGUUUGCUCUCGCUCUCUAUGGGACCUCUUCUAUUCCCUGUUAUUCCUCAGUUACACUGCCCUGCCUCAGGGCCAGCAGACUGGGGGGUUCUACCAUAAUGAAUAGGAUUGAAUUAGUUUUGGUUGUUGUGAAUGCAUUUUAACACUCUUCCUCCUCUCCAUCGCUCCCUCUUGUCCUGCUACACUUCUCUCUCUCUCUCUCUCUCUCUCUCUCUCUCUCUCUCUCUCUCUGUCUCUGUCUCUGUCUCUGUCUCUCUCUCGCUCUCUUCCAGUAUCAGUGAGAGCUUCCUGACAGUGAAAGGCGCCGCCCUCUUCCUGCCCCGGGGAAAUGGCUCCUCCCCUACCUCCGCCUCCCGGUUCUCUCAGCUCCGCAGCAAACAUGCAGGUACAGUACGGAGUACAGACGUUAUGGGAAACGGAGCAUGGUAGCUUCAUGUCCAGAUCAAUCAAUCAAAUGUAUUUGAUAAAGCUCUUUUUGACGUCAGCAGUUGUCACCAAGUGUUUACCAGUUACCUGGCCUAGACCGCAAAGAGCAAGCAAAGCACGGUGGCCAUGAGAAACUCCCUAAUUCACAUUUCAAUUAGGGGAAAGACGAAUGAAAAUAUGCCAGUGAUAAAGCAUUAGUGUGACAGAGAGAAGACAUUAGCUGAUUUAGCAUUUACUAAUGAGCAGCUAUGCUAAUUAUACUGUAAAUGCCAUAAGGAUGCUAUACCGAGGAAUGGUACAGUGUGGUGGUGGUUAUCAUGGGUACACAUAGAGCGCAGUGUUAAGAGUGUGUGUGUGUGUCUCCAGGUGACCUCCAGCAGCACCUGCAGACCAUGUUCACUCUCCUCCGACCAGAGGACAACAUCAAACUGGUGAGCACACACACCUGCAUGAUCAAGAUCUGGUCUUCACACUUCCUUUUCUUUACUCUCUCUGUACUUCUCUCCUUCCCUCUCUCCUCUCUCUAGGCUGUACGGUUGGAGAGUACCUUAUACCAGGGGACUCGCUACAUGGUGGUGGUCUCCACUAACGGCCGCCAGGACACAGAGGAGAGCCUGGUGCUGGGCAUGGACUUCAGCCCUGCAGACAGGUGUGUGUGCGUGUGUGGACUCAGAGAUCGUAUUGAGCAUGGACUAUCGUAGAGCAACGUGGUGUAGUAACACAAGCUUAUUUUGUGUGGCUCUUCCAGCUCGUGCUCGGUGGGGCUGGUUCUCCCCCUAUGGAGCGACUCACUGAUACACCUGGAUGGAGACGGGUAAGAAUGUCUCUCUCACAUACACACCACACUGACAGGAACACGCUCAUCUCCACAGAUGUGUGGUUCAGAGGAGUUUGAGGAAAAAGGGACCUUUUGUAAAUUCUUGAGUGCUUAUUUGACUCUCUCUCUCUCAGGGGUUUCAGUGUGUCCACUGAUAACAGGAUCCAUGUAUUCAAGCCUGUGUCAGUGCAGGCCAUGUGGUGAGUAUAUUUGUUACUGGUUUGUUUCCACUAUGCUAGCUUUAAUGUCUGAUACACCUCUUCUUUGUUAUUUUACCUUGAUCUUCUCAUCAAUGUCACAUUCUCACCCCCUUCUACCCGCUGUCUCUCCAUCCCUCUCUCCUCUCUCCUCUCCCAGGUCUGCUCUGCAGUCGCUCCACAAGGCGUGUGAGGUGGCUCGUUGCCAUAACUACUACCCCGGCAGCCUGUUCCUGACCUGGGUCAGCUACUACCAGAGCCGGGUCUCCUCUGACCAAUCACGCAUCAACGAGUGGAACGCCAUGCAGGACGUCCAAUCACAUCGUGCCGACUCUCCCGUGCUGUUCUCUGGCAUGUGAGUGUCACAAACACACUACAUAACGUGUGGGACUCUUUUUUUUUUUUUUUUUUUUUUUUUUUAACUAUGCAAGUCAGUUAAGAACAAAUUCUUAUUUACAAUAACGGCCUACCCCGACCAAACCCGGACGACGCUGGGCCAAUUGUGUGCCGCCCCUAUGGGUUGUGAUAUAGCCUGGAAUCGAACCAGGGUCUGUAAUGACGCCUCUAGCACUGAGAUGCAGUGCCUUAGAUCGGGAGUGUUUUGCCAUGUGUAAUCACUACAUUGGAAAUGUUAAUCACUUGAGGUCCCAUGAUAAACACAUAAAAACCGAUGCACAGUAAAACAAAACGUGUGUAGCUCCUAGCUACAUGUAUUGUUCAGAUGUUGACUGAGCUACAACCAGCACCACGAGUCUUCCCAUAACGUUUUGCAAAGAGCUCAUGUACAAGCUCUGGUCCUCAGGGCUAACUAUCUGUCAUGAAUCAAGUUCUUGUUUAACUGUCUAAUUGGGUGAACGUGGAUUAAGAGGGAGGAUUUUAACAUCAGUGCUGUUUCUAUGGACCUGAAAGUGACCUUGAAAUAGUUAUUGUUGAAAUCUCACGGUGGUGCUGGAAAUGUAACAAGCUAGCACAGAGCCACUGUUACAUUCCCUGAGCUGUUUUACCACAGUCGUGUCCACUACACAACGCACACGCCACUACACAUUCACAGGUAUAUACCACACAAUAUUAUAUACCUCUGGUUUAUGGCCUGAAAAAGGGUGGAGGUGGGAGGGGUUAAGAAAGAAAGAUGGAAGGGUCCGCGUCUCGUUUGAAGUCAAGGAGGGAGGGUGAUCUCACACACUUCCACUGCCUGCUGUGUGUUUCCAGGCCGACAGAGAGAGAGAGGACGGAGCGGCUGAUCAAGACUCGUCUGAGAGAGAUCAUGAUGCAGAAAGACCUGGAGAAUGUCACCUGCAAAGAGGUGUGUGUGUGUUCAGAACAUGCUGUCAUAGGUUAUAGAUUCUCUGUUAGUCCCGUGGUGGAAAUGCACGUCGUGUGUAUGAGCAUUUAACCCGUGUGUUCUGUCCAGAUCCGCACAGAGCUGGAGGUGCACAUGGUGUGUAACCUGUGUGAGUUUAAGGAGUACAUAGACAACGAGAUGAUCCUGAUCCUGGGCCAGAUGGACAGUCCCACUGAGAUAUUCGACCAUGUUUACCUGGUAGGUCUGUCUGUCUGUCUGUCUGUCUGUCUGUCAGUGAGGGUCCCAGUGAGUAUGAUGAGGGGUUAACAUGGCGCCAGGUGCAUCACCAGGUUGUGGUUACUGACUGUACACAUCUGUUGAACCUGUACUGUUUACCUGGUAGGUAGAUUUGUCUGUAGGUCGGUCUGUCUGUCUGUCUGCCUGCCAUUCUCUUCUCUGAUUCUAUCCCUGUCUUUUCUCUUUUAAUACUUAACGCUGUAGUACUUAACGCUGUAGUACUUAACGCUGUAGUACAUAACGCUGUAGUACUUAACGCUGUAGUACUUAACGCUGUAGUACUUAACGCUGUAGUACUUAACGCUGUAGUACUUAACGCUGUAGUACUUAACGCUGUAGUACUUAACGCUGUAGUACUUAACGCUGUAGUACUUAACGCUGUAGUACUUACUGUGUAACUGGUUAUUAUUGUUGCCAAUUAAACCGACUUCCCCUGACCUAAAAGUGUAAAGGGACAUUGGGGGAAAAAAAGCUGGACUGGAGUGGAACUGAUCUCAUAGUGUUUUUGUUUCCCUACAGGGCUCUGAGUGGAAUGCAUCCAAUCUGGAGGAGCUGCAGAACAGUGGGUAAGGCCUGUUCUGGAGAACUACUACUCCCAUACUGCACUGCUCAUAAAAUUCAAAACCUCAAUUCUAUUUACAUUGCCUACACAUCUAUAAUGACAACCUGUCCACAUCUCUCUCUUUCCCUUCCCUCUUUUUCUCCCUUCCCUUCAUUCCUUCCCCUACGUAUCCUUCCCCCUCUCCCUCCCUCCCCAUCCUACCCCCCUUUCUCGCUCUCCUCCCUCCCCAGUGUGCAGUAUAUUCUGAACGUGACAAGGGAGAUUGACAACUUCUUCCCAGGUGUGUUUGAGUACCAUAACAUCCGUGUGUAUGAUGAGGAGGCUACAGACCUGCUGGCCUACUGGAACGACACCUACAAGUUCAUCUCCAGAGCCAAGUGAGUCACUACUGGACUGGCCGACUGAGUCUGACCUCUGUGGACUUUAGGCGCUCUCUCUCUAUCGCUCUCUUUCUCUCAACUCUCUCGCUCUCUUUCCCUCAACUCUCUCGCUCUCUUUCCCUCAACUCUCUCGCUCUCUUUCCCUCAACUCUCUCGCUCUCUUUCCCUCAACUCUCUCGCUCUCUUUCCCUCAACUCUCUCGCUCUCUUUCCCUCAACUCUCUCGCUCUCUUUCCCUCAACUCUCUCGCUCUCUUUCCCUCAACUCUCUCGCUCUCUUUCCCUCAACUCUCUCGCUCUCUUUCUCUCAACUCUCUCACUCUCUUUCCCUCAACUCUCUCGCUCUCUUUCCCUCAACUCUCUCGCUCGCUUUCUCUCAACUCUCUCGCUCGCUUUCCCUCAACUCUCUCGCUCGCUUUCUCGCUUUCUCUCAACUCUCUCGCUCGCUUUCUCUCAACUCUCUCGCUCGCUUUCCCUCAACUCUCUCGCUCUCUUUCCCUCAACUCUCUCGCUCGCUUUCUCGCUUUCUCUCAACUCUCUCGCUCUCUUUCCCUCAACUCUCUCGCUCUCUUUCUCGCUUUCCCUCAACUCUCUCGCUCUCUUUACCUCAACUCUCUCGCUCGCUUUCUCGCUUUCCCUCAACUCUCUCGCUCUCUUUCCCUCAACUCUCUCGCUCGCUUUCUCGCUUUCUCUCAACUCUCUCGCUCGCUUUCCCUCAACUCUCUCCCUCGCUUUCUCGCUUUCUCUCAACUCUCUCGCUCUCUUUCCCUCAACUCUCUCGCUCGCUUUCUCUCAACUCUCUCGCUCGCUUUCCCUCAACUCUCUCGCUCGCUUUCUCGCUUUCUCUCAACUCUCUCUUUUUCUCAACUCGCUUUCUCUCAACUCUCUCCUCUUUCUCUCAACUCUCUUUCACUCUCUUUCACUCACGUCUUUCUCAUCUUUCUAGAGAUGGUCUGUAUUUCUCUCCGCCAUCUUUCUAUAUCUGUCUCUCCCAUCUUUGUCUGUCUCUCUAACCUCUCUUAUCUCUGUGCUCCUAUAUCAGUCCCUUAACCAGUUCUAGAGUCUGUGUGUGUGUGUGUGUGUUAAAUAAUGUGUCGGUCUGUGUCCCUGUAGGAAAGCGGGAGCUAAGUGUCUGGUGCACUGUAAGAUGGGUGUGAGUCGCUCUGCCUCCACGGUGAUAGCCUACGCUAUGAAGGAGUACGGCUGGGACCUGGAGAGAGCAUUCAACUACGUUAAGGAGCGACGUGCCGUCACCAAACCUAACCCGUCAUUUAUGAGACAGCUAGAGGAAUACCAGGGCAUACUGCUGGCCAGGUACACACACACUGCACUAGCUAACACACGUACACACACCCCAAGACUGCAUUCUCUCUUACUUACACAACAUACCCAGUAAAGACAUUCUAAGCAGAUAUGUUAGUGUUUGAUGAAUGGGGAGGAGACGGGUUAAAGAAGGAUUUUUAUGCCUUGAGACAAUUGAGACAUGGAUUGUGUAUGUGUGCCAUUCAGAAGGUGAAUGGGCAAGACAAAAUAUUUAAGUGCCUUUGAACGGGGUAUGGUAGUAGGUGCCAGGUGCACCGGUUUGUGUCAAGAAUUGCAAUUGCACAUUCAACAGUUUCUUAUGUAUAUCAAGAAUGGUCCACCACCCAAAGGACAGGAGGAACCUACCAGAAAUGAGUAAUUAAUAUAUAUCUCUUCUCUCUAUUCCCUCUUUCUUUGUCUUCUUCUGUCACUAUUCCCUCUCUCCACUCCCCUCUCUCUCCACUCCCCCCCUCUCGCUCCACUCCCCCCUCUUUCUCUCUACUCUCCCCCCUCUCUUUCUCUCGCUCUCCCUCGAUCUCUCUUGCUCUCCACUACCCUCCCCCUCUCUCUCUCUCCACUUCCCCCUAUCGCUCUCUCCACUUCUCCCUAUCGCUCUCUCCACUACCCUCUCCCCCCUCUUUCUCGCCCCCCUCUCUCUACUACUCGCCCCCCUCUCUCUCCCCUCUCUCCUCCCCCCCCUCCCCCAGUAAGCAGAGGCACAACAAGCUGUGGCGUUCCCACUCAGACAGUGACCUAUCAGAGCACCACGAGCCGCUGUGUAAGACCGCCCAACACCCCCACACCCUGGGCCGCUCCGAUCCCCGUAACCAGGGUAACAGCCCCGCCACCCCCUCACUGCAGGAGCUGCUGCAGCCGCUGGGCACCCCCUCCAACACGGGGCAGGUGGUGCAGUCCAUCUCUGAGUGUGGGACCCCCUCUAGUGCAGGGAAGGUGGUACAGUCCAGUAGCCAGCCCAAUACUACUGCUACCCAAGAGAAUAACAUGGACACUAACCAGAAGACUAGGACUGAAGCUCUGUUGACCUCCACAACUGGAGACCAGUCAGUAGGCACUGGGGACCAGUCUGCUCCUACUGGCGACCAGUCUGCUCCUACUGGCGACCAGUCUUCUCCUACUGGCGACCAGUCUUCUCCUACUGGCGACCAGUCUGCUCCUACUGGCGACCAGUCUGCUCCUACUGGCGACCAGUCUUCUCCUACUGGCGACCAGUCUUCUCCUACUGGCGACCAGUCUUCUCCUACUGGCGACCAGUCUGCUCCUACUGGCGACCAGUCUGCUCCUACUGGCGACCAGUCUUCUCCUACUGACGACCAGUCUGCUCCUACUGGCGACCAGUCUUCUCCUACUGGCGACCAGUCUUGCUCCUACUGGCGACCAGUCUUGCUCCUACUGGCGACCAGUCUGCUCCUACUGGCGACCAGUUGCAUCCUAUGCGCCAGUCUUCCCACUGGCGACCAGUUCUCCUACUGCGCCAGUUCCGCUCCUACUGGGACCAGUAUUCCCUACUGGCACCCCAGUCUUCUCCUACGGCGACCAGUUUGCUUCCGACGGCGACAGUCUCUCCUACGGCGACCGUCUCUCCUACGCGACCAGUCUGCUCCUACUGGCGACCAGUCUGCUUCUACUGGGACAUCUGCUAUGGCGACCAGUCUUCUCCUACUGGCGACCAGUCUUCUCCUACUGGCGACCAGUCUGCUCUACUGGCGGACCAGUCUGCUCCUACUGGCGACCAGUCUGCUCCUACUGGCGACCAGUCUUCUCCUACUGGCGACCAGAAGCCUUCACCAGCAACAGUUACUACUGCCUCCACUGGUUCCCAGGCCCAGGGGGAGUCUGUAUGUUCCCCGUCACCCCCUCUCUCCAACGGCCUGUGUGAUUCCGAGGAGGACCCCUCGACCCCGCCUCUCCCCCAGCCGCGGGCGGCCACCGUGGUGCCUGACAUUUCUACGGUAACUGUGGCGGAGACAGUGCCUGUCGGGCGCCCUCACCCACCCCCCUCCCUUCACCACCUCCCCCUCUCCCUUCCAACCCCCUCCGAUGCAGACAAGACUCCGAAAGCCAAGGAGCCGUCCACCACCUUGCCUAAGGAAAAAUACUCUCAGCCACAGGUGACCCCAUCAGUGCUGGAGUCAUCGUCGAUGACCCCGGAAACAAGCACACAAACAGCAGGACCACAAGAGCCGUCCACACCAGUGCCUGACAAGAAACUAGACUGUGACCAGCGGUUACCUGGGGCAUGUUUGGACAGUUCAGCAUCCCAACAACCCUCCAGUAUUGAGGUACUCAUCAUUAGCCAGCCCAGUGCCCCCCCCCAGGACCCUGCUGCCGGGGCGGGGGGGUCCUCGGCUCUCAGCACAGACCACAUCAACUUCUUCAGCGCCAGAGAGAAGUUCCAGGGUCUGACUCAGGACGGGAGGACCCGUUUCCUUUCUGAUCAGGCACUGCAACAGACACCUCAGCCCAUACCCAGGGAUCCAGGACAGGAGCAGCAGGAGGACCCCUCUGCUGUGGCGACUGAGGAGGGAGAGGAGGAGGAGGAGGAGGUCGAGGAGAGGAAGAGGGUGAGACUAUUUUAAUGAUGAAUUUGAUCAAGUCCUGUGACAUGAGUCUUUGCACUGUACUAAAGGCAAUCAGUGUUUCAUUGAUUUUAAAUUUUACUAUCUGUAGUUGCAAUACAACUGUUCCACACAGAACUUGGACUCUUUCAAGUGGAGUAAGCAUGUUCAUACAGAAAUACAGAAACGGACAGUUUAUUACCCCGUUCACGAAAAUGUAUCGCUCCUACAGAGACAGUGAGUCACGUAGCUGUGGCUUGCUAUAUAAAGCAGGCAGACAGGCAUCGAGGCAUUCAGUUACUGUUCGAUUGAAUGGGCAAAACGAGUGACCUAAGCGACUUUGAUCUGGUAUAAUCGUCGGUGCCAGGCGCCGGAUCCAGUAUCUCAGAAACGGCUGGCCUCCUGGGCUUUUCACGCACAAUAGUGUCUAGGGUUUACCGAGAACGAACGGUGCGAUAAACAAAAAACAUCAAGUCAGCGGCAGAGCGGUCGAAGGAGAAUGGCAAGAAUCAUGCAAGCUAACAGGCGGGCCACAAACAGACACAUAAUGGUGCAGUACAACAGUGGUGUGCAGAACGGCAUCUCGGAAUGCACAACUCGUCGAUCUUUGUCACAGAUGGGUUCCACUCCUAUCAGCUAAAAACUGGAUGUCAGAUAGCCUAGUGGUUAAGAGCGUUGGGCCAGUAACCGAAAGGUUGCUGGUUCGAAUCCCCGAACCGACUAGGAGAAAAAUCUGUCUGUGCCCUUGAGCAAGGAACUUAAGCCUUAUUGCUCCUGUAAGUCGCUCUGGAUAACAGCGUCUGCUAAAUCAGGGGUUCCUAAACUUUUUCACUCAGGUCCCACCUUCCAGCAUUGGGUAACAUCCCGCGCACGCGCCACGUCUAUUUCUAUGGGCACAAGCACUGUUCAUAACACAAACUGUUCACACCCUUCUUGUUGGUGGAGAGAGUUUUGCGGGUUAAAGCUUAUUUCCUGCAAUUCUUCAAAUUUUUUCAUGGGGUGCAAAGAACGUUUUGCAGUUUUAAAGCUCAUAUUCUUGCAAUUCUAUAAAUUUUGCCAUGUCUAAUGUGUAUUCAUGUGAUAUUUGAGUGACUAAAAAUGUACAACAAAAUCUAUGGGCAAAAAAACCCCCAAAAUAUUAGCUAAGAUGGGCCCGUCCGAUCUGCAGCAACUGCGUAGUGCACGUUUCUGACUUGUAGAAUCCAUGCCCCAAAGAAUUCUGGAGGCAAAGGCACGUCAGACCCAGUACUAUGUAGAUGGGUGUACCUAAUAGAUUCAGUUGUGAGUUUUGUGUUCUCCGACAUCGCCACCCAGUGAUGUUAGAGGGGAUCUUAAGGAAACUAUCUUUGGCUACCAACUUACAAGAAGACUACAUCUAUUUACUUUCUUUAACUGAUUGCUGUUCUUUUCUCUCUUCUGUCUCUCAGAACAACAUCGUCUCUGUUCACCUCAUAGUCACAGAACUGGAGUCCUUGAUGCACACUGUGAUCCCUCCCCCUGGCCCUCCCAGCCAACAUGAGCCUACUGCUUCCCAGGACCAGGAAGUGGGUCAGUCAAACCAGGAAGUAGAGGGCAAAGAUGCAGAGUCACAGCAGGAAGUGGAGGAUAUCAAAGAGGAAGUGAAGGACAAAGCAGAAGAGAUGGAAGCAGUCUCCAACUCUCCUCCCGCCCCUCACUCUGGUGAUUGGGCGUUGGGCUCUGUGCGCCGCGUCACCCAACAGCUGGAGCAGCGAAUGAGGCACGACUCCCCUUCCCCACCUCCACCUUCCCUCCACCCGACCCACCCCCAUCGUCGCUCCCCUCUCUUCCCUCACUCAAGAGAACACUCCCCUCCUGCCUCUCACCCCCUCCCAGAGACAAACUCCAACCCCCAGAAUGCACCACUCUGCCUGCAGGGGUCAGAGGUCAGCACUAUGCAGGAAAAGGAGGAGGAUGGGGGCUGUAGUCCUAUGGAAGAUGGAGGACAGGAGGCUUGGAGAGAAGGUUUACAUGAAGACAGUGGCCAAACGCACAAACACAACAUUACUGAUGGCAGCCUUGUAUCUACCUUCCACCUUCCACCCAUCACCCCUCUCCACCCUACCCCCAUCACCCCUCACCACCCUACCCUACGCUCCGCCCUCGCCCCCCUCUCAUCCAUGGAUAUCCUGUGUCUGGAGGGGGUGACAGAGUUUGAGUCGGGCACAGACUGGGACAGUCCCCCGGGUCGAGGACCCCCCGGUGACAUCAUCAUGAGGGAGACGUGGGAAACUCUGCGGGAGCUGGGGGCGUUCCUUCGCCAGGUGAGCGGGGGCGGAGCCAAGGUGUGUGGGGAAGGUGUGGAGGCGAGGCAGAAGAGGGUCAGGGGUGGCGACCGGCAGAGAGCCAGGGAGGUGGAGGCACGGAUUCGCCAGGCUGGGCUGACCCCGCCCUCCCUGAUGAAGCGCUCUGCCUCAUUGGCUAAGCUGGGCUGCCUAGAGCUGUCGGCCAAUGACCUGAGUGACUGGGAGAUUAGCCCCACCUCUCCGGUGACACCCACUCUGGAAGCCCUCCCUCCUUCGGCAGCAGCUGACGAGUCCUCCAAGAAACUCAGGGUGCUAUUCCACAAUGCCCUGUGUCCUUCUGUCUCCACCAGCAGGCAGGAGUCCCUCAGGAACAGAGCGGAGGGGCCUUGUGAGAGUGGACACACCCCAUCAGAACACUCGCGUUCUCCUACGUCCAAUCAGGGCUGGCAGAAGGGGAAACGUCCUGACUCUGGCCACGCCCCCUUGCUGACGCCCGACCUGAUCUCCGUGGCAACACGACAGCAGUACGGAAGGACACACCCGCUACGCAGGCUGAAGAAAUGGACUGUCAGCACCCUCUACCACACUAUGUGAUCCUCACAGUGUGUGUGUCUGAGAGAGAGAGCGCCAGAGACACAAUGAUGAAAACUGGUUAAUUUCUUUCUGGAACUAUUUGAAAGCUGGUCAAACGCCAGCCACUUCCCCGAGCCCCUCCACCUUCCCUGGCAGAUUGUAGAAAAUCAGAUGGGUCUACAAUAUGCUGGCCUCUGGGAUCAUUGGAAGGCUAGAUGGAUUAUAUUGAUUUAUAGCUAACACAAAGCUUAUCUGUUCAGGGCGAGAGGGUGUUGUGGGCAUCAUGUAUGUAGUGACUUCUAGGAUGUGUAAUGUUUAUUGUUGCAUACUGUAUGUCUGUAGUGUGUUUUUAAAAUCAUUUUAGGAUGUGUGUGUUUAAUAUCUUUUGGAGUCUGAACUGUGUGGGGCAGAAUAUCUCCAUAUGGAUAUUUAUGUUUUUAAAUAAUGUUUGUCACUUUUUUUGCACAUAAUAGGAAGUGUGUGUGUGACUGAAAAGUGCAGUUCUCCCUUCCCUUUCGAUCAGAAAUAACAAUGGGGAGGUUUCUCAAAUGAUGCACUUUACUGUUGUCUUUUUUAUGUAUGGUUCCUACUCUUGGGGAGCAUGCUUAAUGUGAGUUAAAAUUGUGUGUAUUUUAGUGUAAAAAUGAUUUUUGUUUUAAAUCUGUAAAUAUCCUCUUUUUUAUUAUGUGCUUAUUAAACUGUGACCAAUAAAUAAUGACAAC